AAGUAGAGGUUGACGAAGGAAGAAUGAUGAAUGUAAACAGAUUGAUCGUCUUCUCUAAAACUGUUCAAGCAGGAAAGCAGCUUCUCUCCUGUAACGUCAGGCAUGCUGGGAAAGAAGUGCUGAACCUCCAGCAGCGGAGGUCCUUCAAAACUCACUCAAGAAACCUCGUUUAUGCGAAGGAUUUGUUCCUCGGUCAGGUGAACAAGGCUGAGGUCUUCCCUUAUCCAGAAAUUGGAAAUGAAGAGCUGGAGGAGAUCAACCAGUUUGUUGCACCAGUGGAAAGAUUCUUCAAUGAGGAGGUUGACUCAGCGAAGAUUGACCACGAAGCCAAAAUCCCCCCGGAGACUCUGAAUGGGUUGAAGGAGCUCGGGCUGUUUGGAAUCAUGAUUCCUGAGGAGUACGGGGGUCUCGGAUUGUCCAACACCAUGUAUGCACGGCUGGCAGAGAUCAUCUCAUUAGAUGGCUCUAUUGCUGUAACACUGGCUGCACAUCAAGCCAUCGGACUCAAGGGGAUUUUGAUCGCAGGGAGUGACGCCCAGAAGGAGAAGUAUCUGCCCAAACUGGCCUCUGGGGAGCACAUCGCAGCUUUCUGUUUGACCGAGCCUGGAAGUGGAAGUGAUGCAGCCUCCAUUCAGACCCGUGCUACCCUGUCAGAGGACGGGAAACAUUACCUGAUCAACGGCUCCAAGAUUUGGAUUUCAAAUGGAGGGAUGGCAGAUAUUAUGACAGUAUUUGCCAGGACGGAGGUGACUGUAGAUGGCGUGAAGAAAGAUAAGAUUUCGGCAUUUAUCGUGGAGAGGGCUUUUGGGGGCAUCACCAGCGGCAAGCCUGAGGACAAACUGGGCAUCAGGGGCUCCAACACUUGUGAAGUGUCCUUCGACAACGUCCCAGUGCCAGUAGAGAAUGUAAUAGGAGAAAUAGGUGGAGGAUUCAAGAUUGCCAUGAACAUCCUGAACUCAGGGAGGUUCAGUAUGGGGAGUUCUUCAGCUGGAAUGAUAAAAAAACUGAUAGAACUGACCGCUGAGUACGCUGCAACCAGGAAGCAGUUCAACAAAAGCCUGAGUGAAUUCGGGAUGAUUCAGGAGAAGUUUGCUUUGAUGGCCCUUAAUGCCUUCGUGAUGGAGAGCAUGGCGUACCUGACAGCAGGGAUGAUGGACAGACCGGGGCUUCCAGACUGUUCUGUAGAGGCCGCCAUGGUCAAGGUGUUCAGCUCAGAGGGAGGCUGGAUUUGUGUCAGUGAAGCUCUUCAGGUCCUCGGAGGCCUGGGUUAUACAAAGAAUUACCCCUAUGAGCGUUACGUCAGGGACUGUCGCAUCCUGCCCAUCUUUGAGGGGACUAAUGAAAUCCUGAGAAUGUACGUCGCUCUUACUGGAAUGCAGUACGCUGGCAAAGUGCUCACAGCGAAAGUGAAGGAGAUGAAGAAAGGAAACAUAGGGCUUGCUUUGGGCAUGGUAGGCAAGAAACUGAAGAGCUCAUUUGGAGCUCCGGUGGACCUUGGCCUGACGGGAAAAGACGGCGUGGUGCAUCCCAGCUUGGCAGAAAGUGCAAAGAAGCUGGAGCAGAACGUCGGCCUCUUUGGAUCGACCGUGGAGAGCCUGCUCUACAGAUACGGAAAGACCAUCGUGGAUGAACAGCUCAUCCUGAAGAGAGUAGCAGAUGUGCUGAUCAACCUCUACGCCAUGACAGCUGUCCUGUCCAGAGCCAGCCGCUCCAUCAGCAUCGGCCUCAGGAAUCAUGACCAUGAGGUGCUGCUUGCAAACACAUUCUGUGCGGACGCUUUCUUUAAGAACAACUACAUGAUGACUCAGUUGCAAAAACACUCUCCUGAGAACAACGAUGCCAACAUCAAGAAGAUCGCCAGGGAGGUCUUGGACAACAGAGCCUACAUCUGCUCUCAUCCUCUUGAAAGAUCAUACUGAGCUCUCCCAUGUGACCAGAAUACUGUCUUUUGAUCGGACAGCAAGGGCAAAUUCAAUAUCCCAAUGACCUGAAUUUGUAUUAGUCCUGAUUUUGUUUGAGAUUAUUUAAAAAUUAAAUUAAGACAUUUGUGUUAAUAGUUACUGUGUCUUAUUAACCAUGGCUUCAAAUAUAAAACCUCAGAUCUUUGUGUAAUGGUAGUUCUAUUCUAAUGGACUUUUAUUAAGUUCAAUCCAAAGUGCUCUUUAACUUUAAUGCUACAAUGAAUUAUUGCACAAGAUACUAGUUUUAAUGCUUAUGAGCUUAUUUGGUGUGUAAGGUUCAGUGUUUGAAGGUUCUCUUAAAGUACUCUUGGAAAGCUGGACGGCUGAAGUAGGAGUCUUCAUUUUAGGUGCAUACUUUUGAAAGGUGAAGAUCCUCCUCUCCUUGUCUGUCAGAGGCAGAGAAGUCUGUUUGUGCAGGAAGGAGUGCUGCUCACUGAAUCCACUAGAGAAAACAACAGCACCACAUACCACAUUAAGACAAAAACGUUUCAUAUUUUCUCUAGUAUUAUCAAGCUCUUUUUCCUAAUAAAAAGUUCUAACUUGAA